GGCAGUUGGCACGUCUUGGCAGUCGCCGUCUGCCCGCAGCCGUAAGUUUACACGUUCGAGGUCGUUACUCGUUAUGUCUUCCGCGUAUAUUACUCCUAUUAUUUAUUCGAAUAAUUAUAUCAUUUGCAUGUAUCAAUAGACUAUAUAAGUAACUCGUAAUUAAUAACCAAUUUUUAUGAUACAAUUACGUUAACUUAAAAAAAUAAUCAGAACUGUUUCGCAUUUACGAUCAUAUUAUUAUUUUACCAAUUAAUGUUAUCGAAACUACUUAUGUCUCUAUAUCCGAUUGUAUUAAAUAUAAUUACUCACCGUAUUCUAAUCCAGUAGGUUGUCGUUUGAAGUGCGGUAAAUAGGAGGCACUUGCUUAAAGUUAAUGUAGUCUAGUCUUAAUUCUUCAAUCAUUCACAACCACAGUACCAUAACUGUCACAGUCGUAUGAAUUAGUCAUGGGGUUUUUGAAUUUCAUUGGUCUCAUUGUGGUAUUAAAGUUCUUAGUGUAUUUUGUGUUGUUCUUUACCAGCGAUACCGACCUAGAACUCUGGUUUUAUGACAAAUUCAAGAGAAAUCUCGAUUCAUUUAAAGGCAAGGUAGUUUGGAUUACUGGUGCUUCUAGUGGAAUUGGUGAACAUAUUGCAUUGAACCUUUCUAAGUAUGGUACCAAACUUGUUUUGUCUGCUAGAAAUAAAGACAAAUUAUAUCAAGUUAAAAACCGUUGUAUUGACCUCAGUGAAGGAAAGCUAACUGCAAAUGAUAUACUUGUAUUACCGAUGGAUGUCACUCAUAUAUCUAAACACAAUUCAUUGUUUGAUACCGUUAUUAACCAUUUUGGCAAACUUGAUAUUCUUAUAAACAAUGCGGGUCGUUCACAACGAGCUAUUUGGGAAGAUAUUGAACUUGGAGUCGAUCAAGAAUUAUUCGAUUUAAAUGUAUUUUCUGUUAUAAAUCUAUCAAGAAUUGUUGUGAGAUAUUUUAAUCAAGUUGGACAUGGUCAAUUAGUUGCCACUUCUAGCAUUGCAGGAAUUAUACCUGCUCCAUUUUCUGCAUCUUAUGAUGCAACUAAACAUGCCCUUCAUGGCUAUCUUGGAGCUUUACGUCUAGAAAAAUUACACACUAAUAUUCACAUUACUCUAUUAUGUCCGGGACCUGUUUUUACCAAUUUUCUUAAAGAAAGCUUCACAGGCCGACCAGGAGAAAAAUAUGGAUUAACACAUUCGCCAACUGAUAACAGAAUGAGUGCUGAAAGAUGUGCACAUUUGUCAUGUGUGGCAAUAGCUAAUAAACUAAAAGAAUCAUGGAUGGCAAAGUUUCCAUUUAUUCUAAUUCUAUAUUUUUCGAUAUACUGUCCUGUAAUAGCAUACAAAUUCUAUGAACUUAUUGGCUACAAAACCAUUAAUAAAUUGCGAGACAAUCAAUAAGUACAAUAUGAAAACUUGAAGAUAUCAACGUAAUUUAUUUGAAUUAGUAUUUAAUUUAAUUAUAUUUUUUACAACAAAUUUAAAUAUAAAUAUAUUUUUAUGUUUCAAUAA